AUGGAUAAAGAACAUAACGAAAAUUCAAAGGAAAAAACCAAAACAUUCUUAAAUUUAUUUAAAAAGAAGAAAAAAAAAAAUACACCUGAAAAUGAGAAAAAUGAAAAUAAAGAAAACCUUAACAAUGAAACGAGUGAAAAUGUGACAGACAAUUUGAAUACAAAUUCUAAAGAACUUGGAAAAAAUCAUAAUGAAAAUAAAGAAAAUGAUACAAAUGUUAUAAAUAAAAAUUCUGGAUCUGGUGUAGAACAUUCUAAUAAUAUGAAUGAAAGUUGGAAUAGCGAUAAAAAAAGUGAAAUUCCUUCUUCACCAAAUUGUGCAAAAUCAAACUUAACUCAUAAUAAAUCUAUCGAACAAAAGGAGAAGAAAAAAAAUGCAAACAAUGAUAAAAAGAAAAAUAAUGCAAAAAAUGAUAAAAAUAAAAUUAAUGAAAAAAUAUGUAAUUCUUCUGAUCCAAGUAAUAUUGCUCUAGGGGAAAGUGAAGAACAAUCAUCAUGCAUCGAAUAUAAUAAUAUUGAAAAAAAUCAAAAUAAAAAAAAAACAAAAGGAAAAGGAAAAAAUGAUAAGAAUGAACAAAAUUCAAAUUCAGAAACCAAUACAAUAAAAGAUAGCAAUAUUAAACAUAUGAAAAACAAUUCAAAUCAGACACAUUUGGAAAAUAAAAAUAAUCAAAAUAAUAAUGAUGACCAUAAAAAUAAGCAAGAUAAAAUUGUAGACAAACCUGAAAAUUCUAAUACUAUAAACAAUGAAAAUACAAAGGGUAAAAAAAAUAAAAAAGGUACAAAAACAAAUGAACAUAAUUUAAACUCAUCAUUAAGUGCGAGCCCUACGAGUAAUAACGAUUAUAACUAUACGAAAAAUAAAAAUGAAAUAGUAAAUACAAAUAUGAAUAAAAAAGGGGAAAAUCCAAAAGGGAAUAACGAUAAAAAUAUAAAGAAAAAAGAAUUAAAUAAAACAAAUAUCGAAAAAAAUAAUAACAAAGAAAAUGGUAUAAAAAUUGCAAAUGUCCAGAAAGAAGCAGGUGGUAGACAAACCUCAGAAAAGGAAACACAUACAGAAAAAAAAAAGAAAAAAAAAAAUAAUAAUGAAAAUAAAAUGAAUAUUUCUUCAAAUAAAGUAGAAACAAACGGAAAAAAAGAAAAUUCAUCUGACAUAGAAAAUAAUGAAGAUCUAUCAUUGGAAGAAAUAUUAUACGAAACAACAGAAAGAUCAAAAAUAUAUAAUAGAAAAAAUUAUGGUAUUUUAGGUAUACUAAAAUCAAUAAAAGCAAAUGAUUCCCAUUUAAAUAAACUAUCUUUAGGAACUGAUUUAACAACACUAGGAUUAAAUUUAAAUUCUCCAGAUUUUAUUUUCCCUUCAUUUACAUCCCCUAUAUCAGAUAACCCAACUAUGAAAGAUGAUUAUUUUGUAAGACCUGAAUCAUAUAUGAAUACUCAAUUUCAAGUCCGUUUAUCUUUAUUAUUAAAAUUACAAACAGAAACAUUAUUCUAUAUUUUUUAUAAUUUACCAAGAGAUAUUUUACAAGUUUAUGCAGCUUCUGAACUAUACAUAAGAAAAUGGCUAUAUCAUAGUAGAUAUAAAAAAUGGUUUACUCCUAAUACUACGAAUAAUUUAACACAAAUAGAAAAAUGCUCGUCUUGGGUUUAUUUCGAUCCAAGUGCAUGGUCAAAAAAAAAUUAUAAUAAUUUUUUAAAUCCAAAAGAUAUAAUGAAUGUUGAUGAAAUAACAAAAUCUAUUGAAGAAAUAAUUAAAAUACAAUCUUACUAUAAUAAUAUUCAGCAAAAUAAUUCAACUAAUAUUCCAUCUGCUUAUGAACCACAAUCUAGCAAUAUAAACAUUCCCAACUCACCCUAA